GGGACUUUUCAUCGCGAUAAGAUUAGGCAUCGACAUAUUUGUUACGAUACGUCCUACCAUCGUCGCCUUAUAAGGCGCGGGAUUCCAACCGGGGAGUCUUUCGAUAAAUCUUGUCUCCGCGGCAAACGAAACAUCGGCCUGCUCGACACUCCACACGUCUUUGACUAGCUCUGAGGAAUAUCAGGGCGGUUCGGUAACACAAAAUCCUCUCACAGCAGGCAUGAUGUCAAAAAUGAGGUUCGUGCUGCCGCUGAUACUGGUCCUGCCAACCUGCUGGGCAGAUCUGUCCGGCGAUCCCAUUUUGGAAAACAUAGAUCCACAACCCAUUGAGGACAUUCCAGGCAACUAUAUCUUGCCGAAAAAUGUCGUACCUAAAAAAUAUCACAUCACGCUGGAGCCUUUCAUCGACAUACCGGACGCAGGAAAGAAUUUUACUUUCGAGGGAAAUGUUGUGAUUGAUCUUGAUGUUAAAAGGAGAACAAACACCAUAACCCUUCAUGCGAAGGAAUUGAACAUUAGGGAAUAUAGAGUACAACAUGCAAUUGGGAAAGACACUAUCGUUAUUAAAGUAAAUGAUAUAAAAGGACCAGAUCCGCAAACAGAUUUUCUAAUACUCUAUCUGGAAUCUCCGCUUGCACCACUCCACAAAAAUCCGCAACUAAUUAUGGAAUACACUGGGACACUAAAUGAUAAAUUGCAUGGAUUUUACAGAAGCUCUUAUCUGACCACGGACAAUAAAACAAGAUGGCUGGCAACGACUCAGUUCGAACCAACAGGCGCGAGGCAAGCAUUCCCAUGCUGGGAUGAGCCUGGAGUAAAGGCGCAAUUCAAUAUCGUUAUUAAACACGAUAAGAGAUUCCAUGCGCUCUCGAACACCCCCAUAAAAGAUUCGAAAGAGGAAAAGGAUCAGAUAGUUAGCAGUUUUGUAGAGACGCCGGUUAUGUCUACGUAUCUCGUGGCUUUCGUAAUUUCGGAUUUCGAGAAGUACAUGAAAAACGAUACAAAGUUUAACGUUUGGACGAAACCACAUUCGAUCAAUAGCGCGAAACACGCCUACGACUACGGACAACUAGUGCUAAAAGAAUUAGAUACAUGGACCGGCAUCCCUUACUACAAAAAAAUAGGGAAGCUAGAUCAAAUCUCAAUACCAAACUUUAAGGCCGGCGCUAUGGAGAAUUGGGGCCUUGUGACAUACAGAGAAUCCGCGCUUCUCUAUACGGAAGGCAAAACCACUACGAAGGAGAAACAGGACAUUAUAGUGGUGAUAGCUCAUGAAUUCGCUCAUCAGUGGUUUGGUAAUUUGGUGACGCCUGCAUGGUGGGAUUACAUUUGGCUGAACGAAGGAUUCGCCACUUUCUUCCAACAUUAUAUCGUAGACAAAGUUCUUCUGGCAAAUAACAAUGAGACGUGGCGUCUUAUGGAACAGUUUGUCGUUAACAACGUGCAAGUAUCCUCAUUCGGUAUCGAUUCGACCACCAAAACUCGCCCAAUGAAUGCCAAUCCCAGCGUAAAGACUACUUCUCAAAUCAGUAGCUUGUUCGAUAAUAUUGCUUACAAGAAAGCCGCCUCCGUUAUUCGUAUGAUGCAUCACUUUUUAAGUGACGCUGUCUUCCAGGAGGGAAUUAAGGAUUAUCUGAAUCGUUUCCAAGUGCCAGAACUUUCGGUCGUCACAGAUAGGUAUCUUUUCGACUCCCUUCAGAGAGUAGCGAGAAUGAAAAACGUUCUACCGUCAAAUCUGUCGGUCAAUAAAAUCAUGGACAACUGGGUGAACAAAGCCGGAUACCCAGUUAUUACAGCUACGAAGAACAAUAAAAGUGAGAUUGAGCUGAAACAGGAACGAUUUUUCUUGACGAAACCUUUGAAGCAGGAUAACACUCAAUGGUACAUACCUAUUGAUUAUCUUAAGCAAGAUUCAGAGCAAUUCUCAAAAAUCGAAUGGAUGGAACCCGAACAACCAAAGACGCUAACGAAAAUGGACGCUAAAGAAAACAAUAAAUGGAUAUUGAUCAAUAAAGAUCAAGCAGGAUAUUAUCGCGUGAACUACGAUAAGAACAACUGGAAGCUUCUGACGGAAUACUUGAAGUCCACUGAAAUCCAGAAUAGCAGUAUCAAAGCGACGAAUCGCGCCCAACUGAUCGACGACGCGUUAAAUCUUGCGCGUGCAGGAGACUUGGACUACACGACCUCAAUGGGCAUAACGCUAUACCUGACGAAGGAAGAUGAUUAUAUUCCAUGGAUCGCGGCUGUCAGAGCAUUCGAUUAUUUGGACACCCUGCUGCAGGGCACGGAGAAGUACGCGCUAUUUAAGAACUACGUCGCUCAAAGGGUAAAAUCGUUUGCUGACAAAUUCGAUAUCGAGAAUUUCGCGUCUAACAAUACACACGUGGAUAAACUCGCCAAGGUGCUGGCGCUGAACGCGGCUUGCAAGUACGGAGUGGAGAAGUGCGAGAAGUUCGCUGAGAAGGAAAUAAAGGAAUGGCUGGAAGAGAAGAAAGACGGCAAAGAGGAAAAGAAGCUCUUGAUAGACUACAGAAGCACCCUUCUUUGCGCCGGAUUGAGAAAGGCGGACGAGCAAACGUGGAACAAGACUCUGGAGAAGUACGAAACCACUGCGGAUAAAGAUGAACAGAACGAGAUUCUCGCUGGUCUUGGCUGCGUUACGAAUGAGAAAAUCGUGAACACAUUCCUCGAGUCAACGCUUGAGAAGGAUUCCGGCAUUAGUGUCUUUGACGCAAUGAAUUCAGUUGCGCGCGGUAACCCUGCAUCCUUCAAUCUCCUGAUAGGAUUCAUCAACACCAAUCUCAAGACGAUCCGUGGAGAAGAGAACAAGAACCGUGAGUUACUUCUGAAUCACCUGGACUUGCUCGCCCGCAAAGUUAUUACCCACGAACAAUACACAGAGCUGUCGCUGCUGGUACACGUGCACCUAGAGGAGCACGAGGUCUUCGAGGGAUUCAGUCAUGCGAUGGAUAACAUCGCCUGGAUCAAACAUCAUCAGCAAACCGUCAGCAAGUGGAUAGAAGAGAAUCAAGACGAUUCGAACCAGGACAACAAGAAAGACCCCAACUCGGCGAGCUCAUUCGUAUUGUCGUCGUUCCUCAUAAUGAUCCCGCUACUGCUCACGAGAUUACAUUUUCGCGAGGGGUUGCCACAUCGUCAAAAGAUUGCUUGCGAUAGUCGAUUAAUCACUGCCGCAUGCAUUUUAUAUCUCGCAACUGUUAAACACUUCACUAACCAGUACUAUAUCGAAGGUGAUACAUUUAUCUUAGCACGAAACCGCGGCAACCGCCGCUUCGCCGAUCCGCGAUCAUCUGAUUUUCCGAGCUUUAUUCGCACGAUUGUUAUACGGCAGAGAGGAAUACGGAGACGCGAGAAUUUCUUUCGACAUUUCGACAUGGUGUUUCUGCGACUGCUGCUAAGUUCUGGGCUAAUAUUCGCCGCCGCGACGGCACUUCUGGUCGAUGAGAACUCGAAGAAUGGCUCAUCCGAGGCGGUCGAUUAUCGUUUGCCGGACAACGUGGUGCCGAUUCACUAUAACAUCAAGUUAAUACCGUAUAUCGAGGAGGACAACUUUACAUUCGACGGUGAAAUCGCAGCCAGCAUCGAGAUUUGCGAAGCGACGCGGAACUUGAGCUUGCACGCAGUGAAUUUGACGAUUGACGAAGCAGUAACGUCGUUGGUCGACAGCAACGGCGACAUUCAUGCACCGACGACGAGCGAUUACGACGAUUUAACGGAGAUCCUGGUUCUUAAUUUUGAGGAUGAGCUACCACCCGGAACUUACGUUUUGAACAUGAAAUACGUCGGUAUUCUACACAACGACUUGCACGGCAUCUUUAAAACGUCGUACGUUAAUGAAGAGGGAGAUACAGUGUGGUUGGCCACAACGCAUUUCGAGCCGACUUGGGCACGACGAGCGUUCCCGUGCUGGGACGAGCCGGCGCUGAAAGCCACCUUCAACAUCUCCAUAAAACACCAUCAAAGCUACACGGCGGUCUCGAACAUGCCGAUACGGGAGCAAGAUACGGACGGCGGCGAGGGUGGCACCGUGUGGACGCAUUUCCACACAACCCCCGUCAUGUCCACGUAUCUGGUGGCGUUCACGGUGUCGGACUACGUGCGUGUCCCAAACGCGGACGGCACGGUCAACAUGUGGUGCAGAUCGGAAUUGGCACCGUACUCGAAACUCGCUCAGGACGCCGCCGAGAAGGCCGGACAGCUGUUGACCUGGUACACCAACAGCACCGACAGGGUGCCGAAGAUGGAUCAUCUCGCCGUCCCAGAAUUCAGCGCCGGUGCCAUGGAAAACUGGGGACUCAUUAUUUACCUUGAAAAAGAGUUUGCAUAUAACGAAGAAGUACAUAUGACGAAUGAGAAAAAGGAUGUAGUGCAGACUGUCGCACAUGAAAUGGCGCAUCAAUGGUUCGGUAAUGUGGUCAGUCCUUUAUGGUGGAAUCAUGUGUGGUUAAGCGAAGGAUUCGCGUCGUUUUUCGAGGCGUAUAUCUCUGACCAGAUUUUCAAGGAUUGGCGAAUUAUGGAAACUUUCGUGACGGAUAUUCAGAUGUUCUCUCUUCACAUGGACGUUGCUGAAAAAGUGGAACCCAUUGUAUUAGAAGUCAGCAAUCCUAAAGAGCUUUUCAAGCGGAGUAUACUUUCCAAUUACCGCAAAGCACCCGCAAUACUGCGCAUGUUGCAUCACAUUAUUACUAAUGAGGUGUUUCGGAAUGGUCUUAUUAAAUACUUGAACACGCAUCAGUUUAGUUCGGCCAGUUCUGACGACUUAUGGAAUGCGUUGCAAGCGGCGCUAGAUGAAUCAGAUGUUCCGCACAAUGAGUACAGAUUGAAGGAGGUAAUGGAUACCUGGAUAACACAAAGGCAUUUCCCUAUGAUACGCGUGACCCGAAACUACAAAACCGGCGAGACAAUACUGACGCAGGAACAUUUCCCGCUCGAUGACGAUAAGCAGAUCGACGACAAUAAGUGGUGGAUACCCGUGACUUUCACUACGCAGACGAACCCCGAUUUCACCAGUACUGUGCCCACUCAUUGGCUGAGUCCCGACCAAAAUAUAACGAUCGAUGGAAUUGAUCCUGCCGACUGGAUCAUAGUUAAUUUGCAGGCAACAGGAUACUAUCGCGUUAAUUACGAUAUCCAGAAUUGGCAGAAAAUUGCGAGCUAUCUGAACUCUGACAAUUAUACGAACAUACAUGUGCUAAAUCGUGCCCAAAUCAUCGAUGAUGCUUAUCAUCUUCUGCUGGCAAGCCAACUCGAUAUGAUCACGUUUAUGAAUCUUGCGAGUUACCUGUCGCAGGAAACAGAUUUCGUAGCAUGGAGACCUAUGUUUAAUAUAUUUUAUACGGCACAAGACUUUUACGAAUAUCCGGAAAAUGCAUUUCUUAAGCCACAUAUACUCGAAAUGUUGAAUAAACUUGUGGAGAAUGUAGGAUACGAGGAAGAUCCCAACAAUGACGAUCUCAUGAAACUCAAGAGAAUCGAUGCUCUAAAAUGGGCAUGUACCUUCGGUCAUUCCAAGUGCAAGAGUAUGGCCACUAUUAAACUAAACAGAUAUCUUGAGGAACCCCAAACGCACAAAGUCCCGCCGAAUUUGAAAAAGUGGACGUUCUGCAGCGGCAUCAGGCAAGCGAACGCUUCUACUUGGAAUAAAGUAUUGGACAAAUACAUAGAGGAAGAAGAAGUCGAUAUUUUAGAAUGUCUAGCUUACUCCGAAGAUCCUGACAUAAUUAUCAAUUAUUUAAACAUAUCCCUCUCGAACGAUACAUUGACACUAAAUGGGAAUCAGUUAUUUAUAGUCUACUAUUCCAUUUUAAACAUGCACGCAGACAACGAGCUUGUACUUGACUAUCUGCUGGAGAAUAUAAAGAGAAUAGCUUUCGGACAUCCUGUCACAGAGGAUACAUUUAACAAUAUCAUUACUAGUGUACAUUCUAAUGACAUGCUUGACAAGAUAAGUAAAUUUGCCAAAACUAACUUCAACGACAUGUAUGAAAAACAUGUUAAGGACAUGAUAAAUGACCGCAAAUCUAAACUAUCGAAUAAAUUUGGCUCGUUAUGGCAAAAUCAAUUGGAAGACAAAGGAAGAUGAAGAUUGUAAAAACCUGCAACGCAAAUAUAUAUGUGUAUAUAUGAAUUAUUCUUUAUUAAUUUAUUAGCAUACUAGGAACUUGCGACUUCUUUGAUUCACAAUAAACUGUAAGAUACUUCAUUUUAUAUCGA